AUGUACAAUAAAGAAUUGAAUUGUUUUAUCAGGUACUGUGUCCAGUUCCAAGUUUCCAAGGUAUCCAAGGCUUGCCACACCGACUCCGAUUACAAAGCUCUGAGAGAAGGCAACACGGUCUGCGUACUCUGCGAAACGGCUGCCUUACGCCGGGAUCUGAACUGGCGAUGCGACGGCCACGGCGUGGCUGGCCAUACGACACGCUUCUUCGCGAUGGUGGCGCCACUCUGCCACGGCAAAUGGGUCCGGUCUGAGACCACCCCGGACAAACAUAGCGAGUGCUGCACAAAACCCGACUUCAUUUUCAUUUAAAUGUAAUUUAUUUGAAAUACGUUUUUA